GGAGAACUAUGCAAGAGAAGCUUUAUUGCUUCCACCCACGAGUUGAAAGUGAAGAGUGCGAUUGGAAUUCCUUGCUGGGCCAAUCUCCGAAGUCGCCCGAAAUAUAUUCACGUAAGAGAAUAUCCUUUGAACACAAAAAAUUUCAGGUGUCGGCAUAUGUAAGCAUCUUUUUCAGUUUAGAGAAUACUGGUUGGUUUCUUUCGAGGCAUAUUGAGAUUAAGAUCUUCGGCGCCUGGUUGUGUGAAUUGUUUUAUUAGUCGAAAGAGCUUGGGAGUAAACAAGUAUAAAUGGUUCUACAAGCCAUCAGAUAUGAGAGGGGUUCCCUCCUAGUGCUUGAUCAACUUCAGUUACCUUACACUACACAUUUUGAUUCUGUGAGAACGGCAACUGAAGGAUGGCAUGCCAUCAAAUCCAUGCGCACGCGGGGUGCUCCCGCCAUAGCCAUUGUGGCGGCCCUUUCGCUCGCCGUAGAGCUCACUCAUGAAACGCUGUCGACAAUUCCUGAAGAGGUAGCCGCAUUCAUAAUUGAGAAAUUGGAGUACCUCGUUACUUCGAGACCUACCGCUGUGAAUUUGGCAGAUGCAGCAAGGAAAUUAGAGGCCAUUGUUGAGGAAGCAAAGAGCGCGGAGGGGGCUACAGGAGAAAGUGUUAGGGAUGCGUAUGUGGCUGCCGCCGAAAGAAUGCUAGAAGAUGACGUGAAGGAUAAUCGGGGGAUUGGUGAUUACGGCGCGAAAUGGAUUUUGGAGCAUACAGAAGCAGCGCAAAGCGGGCCUGUUAGCAUUCUUACGCAUUGUAACACGGGUUCGUUAGCUACAGCAGGGUAUGGAACAGCUCUAGGAGUGAUUAGGUCGCUACAUGAGAAAGGAGCUCUCAAGCAAGCCUUCUGCACGGAGACAAGACCGUAUAAUCAAGGCUCAAGAUUGACAGCGUAUGAGCUGGUACAUGAUGCUAUCCCUGCGACUUUGGUGACAGAUUCAAUGGCUGCAGCCCUUAUGAGAUUGAAGGGGCCAGCUGAUAAGCUUGUCGCAGUCGUAGUCGGUGCCGACAGAGUUGCAGCAAAUGGCGACACAGCAAACAAAAUUGGGACUUAUGCUUUGUCCAUCCUAGCAAAGCAUCAUGGCAUCAAGUUCCUCGUUGCGGCCCCAAGAACGACUAUUGACUUGCAAACUCCCAACGGUGAGCAUAUCACUAUCGAGGAACGCGCCAGUUCGGAGGUCGCUACCAUCAAAGGACCUCGCGUAUUGGGUAGAGAGCUCGAGAAGGACAAGAUUGAGACUAUAGCCAUCGCGGCCCAAGGAAUCGAUAUCUGGAAUCCGGCAUUUGACGUGACUCCUGCUGAGCUGAUUGAUGGUAUCAUUACCGAAGUAGGGGUGGCGGAGAAAGAUGCUAAUGGCAGAUUCAAUCUUUCUGAGUUGUUCAAUAGCGGACUGCCUUGAAGGACUACCCGCGGCCAGUGAUUUCAACAAAUAGAUGCGAAGAAUAACUCCACGCAGUGCUAGAGACAGAGGCUUCAUCGAUGUUAUCAAAAUCUCAUCUUUCGGAUGUCUUUUGCGAUCUGCCUUUCUCUUUCUAUGCCUCUAUACUUAAG